AUGUUGUCAAAGCAGCCCACAAGUAACUUGUUGAAGAUCAUCACAUUUAUGUUGUUGGGCCUUCUGUUGUUAUUACCGACAUUAGUUUAUUCACAGACUCAAGCCGACUUGGAUGCUUUAAACUGGAUUGAGAAGACCUGGAAUUUGGCAUUGCCAUCUCCAAAGUGUCAAGCAUAUGGUAUUGUUUGUGACAUUGCACAGAAUAUUAUAUCAAUAAAUAUUGAUGCAGCCUCACCAGUAUCUCCAACAACAACAACAACAACUACAACAUCUACUGGUGCGUCAGGAGGUGGUACUGCUGUCACCACCAGUAAAGCAUCUGCCACUGCACCUAGUCCCUUUCUCAAUCAGUUGAGGGAUUUAGAUCAAUCAUCUACAACAAAUGGAUGGUCCUCCAACAUUCAAACCGCAGCACCCAAACAACCAGCUAACACUCCAUCGACGACAUCUCCAUACUCAAUGUUAUAUCUUGUCAACAUAGCCAUUACCAAGUUACCUGUUAAUCUAACUGUUAUGAUAUUGAAUGAUCUAUAUGCGCCAAACCUUCAAACUGUUCUAUUAAACUAUAGUCCAAUCGCUCCACCACCAUUCACAGCUGAUAUAGUCACUGCAUUCCCCAACUUAUUGGCAAUUGAUUUCCUUGGACCUGUUGUAUCUGGCAAAGCACCAACCUCUUUAUUCCAGCAUCCAUUGCUUCAGAGAUUGACAAUCAAGUCGAAUUUAAUGUUUGAACAAUUGUUAAAUGUAACAUCCAAUAAUGUUAUUGGCAAUCUUGAUAUAAUCCUUGAUCCUUCGAUUCAAUCGCCAGUACUUAUCACUCAAUCAUCACUUCCAAAGGUGACCAACCUUACUUUGAACUAUAAGGCCUCUGCGAUAUUGAAUAUCCAAAUUCCAUCUCUUUCCAUCUUAACACUUAAUGGUCUCGCUGCCCUACCAAAGGUUGAACUGACCAUCAACACCCCACUCCUGAAUAAGUUGAGUAUCUUCAACUCUGACGCACAGCCAAUAGUAGGCAGUCUCGACAAGCUCACCGAAAUCUAUCUCAAUCACAAUGCACCAAGACCAAGCAUAUUCUUCACCUCAUUCCCUCCAGCCCUCACUACCUAUUCUGAACAGAAUACACCAAUGAGCAAUGUAUCACUUCCACCAGCUACUGACGUACUCAAGACAUUGAUAUUGUCAGGCAAUCAGAUCAGCUUGGAUAUUGCCAAGGUGACAUAUUGGAACUUGGAUUUCCUGGAUUUAUCCAACAAUCAGAUUAGGGGCAAUGGAUCACAGCCAUCAUUAUGUUCAAUCGCCCGCAUGAACAUGGUUGGCAAUCAGAUCACGGCAAUGGGCGAAUGCUUCUAUUGCUACAAAUCAUAUAUAGCGGUGUGGUUCGAUGCGUCCAUGGUGAUCUAUACACCCUCCACUGAAUGUGGCUACAUCAACAAUGCACCCAGUGGCGGAUUUGUCGUGCGCAGUGACCUAAUCUACAUCACUGGCAAGAACCUUGGCUGGGGAGGCUUUGGCACCACAUCAGGCCUCACUCCAAUCAUUCCAAACUUCAACUUUACUUUCAAAGUACCAGAGACAGCAGUUAAAAAUGGUACCAUCUCAAUCAAAUUCAGUGCUGAACAACCCAAUCAAACAUUCCCCAUACUCAUGGCAGCCCCAACCGUUGAUUCAGCAUCAUUCAUUCAGAUGGAGAAUAUAUUGUUGAUGCGUGUCUCUGGCGUCAAUGUGAAGGAUAUCAUUGUUAGACUGAAUGGUGAGACUUUGGUAUGUUUUUCACGUGACACGUCUUUUGUCUCAUGUCAGGUGCGUGUCGACCUACCAGAAGGCACGCACACUGUUGGUUGGACAGACAGUCCCUACCCACCAUCAUUAUCCUACAACUUCACUACAUCGUACUUCCGCUCAUUCCCACUAGUCAGUGGAGUGUCUGCCAUUGGACAGUCGGGCGGCAGUGUCACCAUAACAGGCACAUUCUACGCCAAUGGUGUGGCCGAUGACAACACCACAGUGACAGUUGAUGGCGUCAACUGCCCCAUCUCAAGCAUGGCAGCCAGCCAAGUUGUGUGCGAUCUCAAGCCAACAAAGUCAUUGGGCAAAGUCAGGAUGGUGAUCAACAACGCAGGCUUCUUGCUGGAUUCAUCGCGUCUGUUCUACAUCUCGCCAGACACCGUUGCUUGUCCACAGGGCUGUGGAACUGGCAUCUGCCAGAUGGGCUUAUGCACCUGCCCCGUGGGAUACUACGGUCCCGACUGCUCAUACCAGCAGACACCAGUCGCAGAGGUCGAACAGGAGCUGAGUGAAACGACACCAAGCAGCACCACCAUUCUGGCCAACGCAUUGUUCCAAUUCAACAUCACAUCGAUUGAGGAGUUGGACUCACUCGAUGCUGUGGUCAACAAUCAAUCACUCAUUCAAUGGACCACCAUCAAGACUGAGUCGGAUAUCAAAUCCACCGUCAACUACUCCACGGUCACCAGUCAUGGCGCCAAUGUCACCGCCAUCUUUGACGUCUACAAGACAUCGAGCACCGUAACAUUUGCCGGCAUCACUCGUGAUUACAUACCUGGCACGCUCAAAGUGUCGCUAGUGAUCACUGGCUGGAAGUUCCAAAAGUCGUCCAACGUACUCCGUGUCGUGGUCUCCACAUCCUCAUCAAUCAAAUCAGCCGAGAGCACAUGUGGCGCUGAUCAGACAAGCGAACACUAUGGCCAGGACUCGCUAAACAACCUGAACUACCUUGUGUAUGAGCGAAAUGACGUGACAUUCUACGGUCGCUUCAUCAAUCGCUCAAUGUCCGAUGGCCGCCCAACAUUCUCAGCCACCAACAUACUCAGCCAAAGUUCUGAUGGCGCGGACAAUGGAACCAAGGUGACGCGCAUCGGCAUCUACCUGCCAAUGUGCAAUGAGUGCAUCCUUGAUCCAGACUUUAGUGUGUUGGUCAAUCCACACCAAGAGGCCAACCCAUGUGCCUCCAACAACAAAUCCAACUACGUGAUCGUGGCAGCUGUGUGUGGAUCAGUGGGCUUUGUCCUGGUCGUGGUAAUAAUCGUGGCCAUAGUGAUCAAGACUCGCUACUAUGUACAUCGCCACGGUAACUGGUUCAAACUCGUGCCUCGCGCCGGUGAGCGCAACCGAGCACUCAAAAAACUACGCGGCGCCUCUGAGUAA